CAGUGCAGUCAUUAGUAUAAAUAGCAUAGUUAGCUGGUGAGCCCUCUGUGUCUGGCUGUUUGCAGCACAGAGCUCAGCUGAGGCUCUUCCUGCUAAUCUUCCGGUCAGCUCAGCUCAGUUCCGUCUCUGUCCGUCCGGUUCGCUCAUCAUGCGGCUCUGAGCUCCGUCAUGCAGCAGCGACCGUCACACCGGGGGACAGCGGAGAGCCACACCGGGGGGAGGCUGUGGUUGUCGGUGGUCAGUAUGGCAGACGCUGACGGCUACCAGGAGCAGCUGGAGAAUGACGCCCAGUUCCUGUGCUCAGAUCAGAGGAUGGACACUGAGCUGGUUGACAGACUGGUGCUGCAGCUCAACAGGAUUUACCCCCAGAUACUCAGUGACAAGGAAGCCCACAGGUUCAGGAACCUGAGCGUGCCCACGACGGUGCGUUUAGCCGAGCUGUUGAAUCAUCUGCACAGAAGAGGCGAGGAGGCUUGUCAUGAAUUCUACAGAGCGCUUCACAUCCACGCUGAGGACGUCUACUUCAGCCUGCCCACCAGGAUCAGACGAAGAGAGCUGGCUGAUGUAAAACAAACUAACGAUGUGGCAGUUAAGUCAAGUCAAGAGCGUUACGUCCUUAAUGACAGAGGACCAAUGUUCUUCCUGAGUUGUUUCAGUUUUGUAGUUGGAAUUGCAAUUCUCUACUAUUAUGGAGAGGGUGAGACAUUGAGAUGUACCGGAGGGUUUCUUCCCUGCCCUGCAGCAGCGAGGCUUAGUAAAGACGCUAAAGAUGUUUUCAUUUCCUGUGCAGAGGAUGGAAAGCAGAAAUAAUAAGGUGCUGAAAUGCUUAAGAACUAGUCCUGUGAAAAGAACAAGCCAUGACAUUUGCCUCUUUGCCGUGCCAAACCCAUGUGAACUCACAGAGUUGUAACAUUGUCUUUUCUGGAAUUGCACAUAUUAAUGUAGUAAUUUAAGUGGAAAAUGACUAACUGAGAACUAAAACGGACUCAUUCUGUCACAAUUUUUAACUGACUGACAUGUCUUAAAAAUGACAAAGAAGUGUGUAAUGUUCUCCCAUUGUACUUUUGUGAGAGUCUUGAUUAAUUUCUUAUGUGUGCACAUUUAUACAUUUCCCUUUUUAAAAACUAAAAUACAGCAUAUUAAUAACUUGUGUACCUGCACACUUGCAAAGGUGUUUUCAGUUACUCUAGACUGAGUCAGUUUAAGUAGCUGUCACUCAAGAAAUAUUUAGGUUGUUGGCCAAAAGAAAAGGGAAAGAGCUCGAGUGCAGUUUGUGCACACCAACACUGUUCUGAGAAGAGGCUCUAUUCAGGCCACCCAAGUGAAAACACCUGUGUGGGUAGACAAUUGGUGUGCACAGGCUUUAACACACUAACUUGAAUUUAAUAGUGCACAACACAUUCUGCAACGCAGUUUCUUAAAUGCACAACAGAUAUUUCCAGCACCUUAACCCACGUGCAGUGCCUUGUCAUACUGUGAUAAAUGGACUGUUGAGAAUCUGCUUACUCAAGUGCACUAUCACAAUGUUGCAUUUUGCUGAAAUAAAACACAAAAUAUUAACAUAA